UUAAUUGACAUUGGUGAAAGAAGAUAAAGACAAUCAGCGAACAUAGUAUUAAGUGUCCAAGUGUUGACACUACGAAGAACAGCAAACUGGAUCAACAACAAGAAUCCGCCGUGGAUCUUUCCCCAGAUUCGGGGGGAUCUGCGGAUCGAAGAGAUCGUAGACCAACACGUCGUCAACAUAAUACCAGCCAUUAUCAUCGUCAAAAUUACAUGUUAUCUGGCAGAUAUGAAAACAAUUUAAACAGCGAUCCUGGGCCGAGUACGAGUUCUAGAGGUACGAUGCCGCGAAAUGAAUCCCGACAGGCGGGCAAGCGACCGUUGAGGGCUCUCACGCCCCAAGAAAAAAUAGAUGCAAUUAAUAGAGUUCAUAACGGUGAAUCCAAAGCUGCUGUGGCACGCGACAUCGGCGUGCCAGAAUCCACCCUUAGAGGGUGGUGUAAAGCAGAGGAUAAAAUAAUGUCGCAAGUCAAUAAUAUAAAAACUUCGGGAACGACACUGCCAGGAACAUCCUUGGCAGGUUACGAACAUAUUUUGACAUCGAGUUCUGAUAAUAGUAACAAUAGUGCUGUGGGUGGUUCUUCAUCGAGAUCGACACCAACGACCCAAGCUACAAUGUUGGGAUUAUCGACUUCUGCAGUUACGGAGAGAACUGAGGAGUUUGAAGCCGGUCCAUCUCACAAAAGAAUCAAACUUGAGAAUAGUUCUGCCGGUACCACAAUGGCCAAUAACAUUUCAUCAGUUCGAGCACCGGUAGUUAGUGACACCUUAUUUAACAACUUAUAUAAUAUACCGAGUGAUGCAAACAAGACCGUAGCAACAGCCUUUUUAAACUCACUUGGGAAGGAGGUAUAUUUUCCUUAUCCUGGAUACGCGAAUGUUAUAAAUUUGAUUAAUGAAAUUGCUAGGACUCACGGUCCGACGUUUGCGCUGAAUAUACUGAAACAGCAACAGCAACUGCAACAGCAACUGCAACAGCAACAGCAACAGCAACUGCAACAACUGCAACAACAAACUAAUAACACACUACUUAAUGGGAAUAAAAGGAAACAUAGUGCCCCAGGACUUACAUCAACUAUGGACAUCCCGAAACCAUCAUCGAGAACACAGAACAAUCAAUCACCGAAUAUGGAAAAAUCGUCUGGGAAUGUCUCUCAAUUGAAUUAUGAAAUCGCCAUGCCAUCGACUAGCAGCAGUGAUCCAGUCGCAAACAUUCCUCAAAGAAAAACAUCCAGAAAAAGUAAAAGUCUUUCUAGUGUAAUAGAUGGUCUUUAUCAACCAUAUGAACCACCCUCCUCAAGUAGCGUAAAAGCAGUGAAGUUUGACACUGUAAAUAAUAAUAACAAUGAUGACGAUAUGGAUAAUGAGACGGCGAGAAAAAAUUAUCCUGGUAUCUUGCCACCAGGAUGUAACGAAAUGGUGGAAUAUUGCACCAAAUUGUUACAAUGGUUACACCUUUACGGUUCGCCUGUAAGUACUAUGAAACAAAUAGGAUAUAUUCAGCGAAUUUCAACACGUCUACAAGAUUGGAUCCAGAAGUCAAAAAAGGAACUUCCCCAAAGAACUAAUGGUAUAAGCUAG